AUGUUAUUCGAGAUCUGCGACGAAAGAGAACAGACGCUUCUGGUCGACAUACGGGACCAGUUGGGCCUGACACUGCUGCAAUGGGCAGUGGCCUAUCACUUGCCGAAUGCGAUUCUGUGGGUCCUGAAAGAGAAAAAAGAAAUGGAUAUUUUUAACAACUUUAUGGUUGAAGUUAUAUUUCAGCUGCUUGCUAGUUUAGGUUUGAUGUUCGCUUACGUGUCCAUUGGAGCAAUUAAAAACAAGAUACAAUUGGUGGUGGCCCGAAUGUGGUACGAUGUCACUGAAGAUAUUCAAAAUAUUAUUUUAGUGCUUGUCUCAAAAGUAGUCUAUAUUGCUACUAUUCAAGCUGUGUUAUUAAUUACAAGUUGUGUUAUUUAUGCGUUGGCUCCAGUAACUAUACCUUUUUUCAUGACUUUCAUAAGUUCAGGCAACCAAACCUUUAAAAUCGCUCUACCACUUCAUCAUGAAUUUUUAAUCGACAAGGACAAAUACUUUUAUCUAAUAUUUACAGAACAAUUACUUUUAUUAACUGAUUUUGGUAUUUUAGUAGCUGGUAUGAAUUUUUUUUAUUGUUCACAUUUAGUAACAAUAAUUGGAGGAUUUCGUGGUUUGGAACAUUUAUUGAAAAAACUUGAUGAUGAGUAUUGUUACAAAAUUUCAGUUGGCGAUAAAAAUGCAAACGAAUGGUUUAAUUUACAGCUCAAAGAUUUUAUUCGUUAUCAUCAAGCUAUCAUAGAUUUCUAUAAAAUAUCUAACGAAGUAAGCAGCCCAAUUAUGUUUUUCUUAUUACUUGGAUCCGGUUGUAGCAUAAUCUUAGCUUUAACAUCGAUAGUAGUUGCAACGGACACAGCCAUGGCUGCAACAGCUAAAAUGGUCGUUGGAACUUUAAUAGCAGUAAUUCUGAUUAUCUUUAUUUGCUUUCCCAGUCAAUUGCUAAAAAAUGCUAGCGAAGACUUGCUGCUCGCGAGCUAUAAACUGAAUUACCAAAAUUAUCCACCAUAAGUAAGAAAGACAUUUUUAUUCAUCAUGAUGAGAGCUGAAAAAUUGUUUGCCAUGACUGCCGGACCACUCGUGGAGUUAAAUUUUGAAACUUGUCGUUCGAUUCUUAAAACUUCAUUUUCUUACACAGCAACUUUUAGAUCAGUCUACGCGUCAAAUAUGAGUUGAUAAAAUUUCUAAUCUUAUAAAUUAUUGUCAUCAAACUACUUGCGUUAGUUUUUCAUCACGAAAAAGUACAACUAUAGUCGAUUUUCUUACAAGGGGGAGAAAUGGAACUUCUGCAUGCACGUGAUAAUGACGCCGAGGCGAGGCCGCCAUAUCACGUGUGUAAGGGUGUUUCAUUUUUCACCCGUGUAUGAAAUAGUAUUUUUU